AUGGCUUCCAACAUCUUCCAGAAUGAGUUGACCUGCUCCGUGUGCAUGAAUUAUUUCAUAGACCCAGUCACCAUAGGCUGUGGGCACAGCUUUUGUAUGCCUUGUCUCUGUGUCUGCUGGGAGCAAGCCCCACGUCCUCCUCGCUGCCCUGUGUGCAGGGAAACAUCACAUCAAACGACCUUUAAAACCAACAUUGUCUUGAAGACACGGGUCUUCCUUGCCAGACGGGCAAGACCCUACCAAUUCCCACGCUCUGCAGAACAGAUGUGUGAGAUACACCUGAAAACAAAGAACUUUUUCUGUGAGGUUAUCAAGGAUGCACUCUGUUUUCUCUGCUGUAAGGCUGAGGAGCACGUGGCUCACAGACAUUGUUCCACUGACUGGAUCGCUGAGGAAUACCGGCAAAAGCUCCUGAAUCAAAUGAGGUCUGUGUGGGAAAAGAUACAAGAAAAUGAGAGAAAUCUCAACAGAGAAACCAGCAAAAUCAGUACAUGGGAGGCUUAUGAGACUCUACGGAGGAAGAUGAUCCAUGCUGAAUAUCAGAAGAUGUGUCAAUUGCUCUACAAGGAGGAGAAACGUCAUUUGGAGAGAAUAGAAAAGGAAAGCAAAGAGAUUUUGCAACAACUCAAGCAAAGUGAAGACAGCAUGGACCUAAAGGGGAAACUCCUAAGAGGAAUGUAUGAGGAGCUCAAGGAAAUGUGCCGUAAACCAGACAUGGAGCUGCUCCAGCAUUUUGAAAACACGUUGAAAAGGAGUGAGUCGGUGCAGCUGCACGUGCCCCAACCUGUGGACCCACAGCUCAGUUCAUGGCCCAUCACUGGGCUGAUAGGCAGGCUCACCCGAUUCCAAGUGUAUGUUUCCUUGGAUAAUGAAGAAGUCACUGGUCACAUCCCCCUGUUUGAAGAUCUGAGACGUCUUCUGUUUGGUGCUAAUCAUCCUGAGGUUACCAAUAAUCCAACAAGAUCUAAAUAUUUUCUUGCCUGGGGAGCCCAGUCAUUCACUUCUGGCCAACAUUACUGGGAGGUGUAUGUGGGGGACUGUUGCAACUGGGUCAUUGGAUUUUGUAAUGAUUCUUGGACAAUGAGGAAUGACAUGGUCCUUGACUCAGAGGGAAUCUUUCUACUUUUUUGUGUCAAAGACGACAAUGGGUGCAGUCUCUUUACCUCUUCCCCGCUGUUACCUCAGUAUGUAGAAAGGCCUCUAGGCUAUGUGGGGGUGUUCCUGGACUACGAAUGUGGUACGGUGAGCUUUGUUAACGUGGCCGAUAGUUCCCUCAUUUGUAGUUUCCUCUCGUGCUCCUUCUCUUCUCCUCUCAAACCUUUUCUUUGCUCUGGACUCCCAUAAUGAGGGACAGGGCAGAAACCUGACCACAUUUGUCAGGAUUGCCAACACCCACGAUAGCUAAGUUAGUGCCUACUUGAUUUUGUUUAACUUCUUCUUCCUUUAUAAAACAUAUUGACUAUUUUCAA